GUUCCUUGUUCUAUCUGCAUAUCUUACUGUCAGAAUUCCGCCGAUGACUUCCUACCCAGCUCCCAUAAACCCGACCCGAACCCGAAUAGGAUGGAUAGGAACCGGCGUAAUGGGCGGCGCCAUGGCCUCUCGCCUUCUCUCCGCUGGCUAUUCCGUCACAAUCUACGCUCGAAAUCCUUCUAAAGUUGUUCAUCUUCAAUCCCAAGGUGCACUUCUUGCUGAUUCCCCAGCUGAUCUCGCACGCAACAGUGAUGUUAUUUUCACUAUGUUGGGUCACCCAUCAGAUGUUCGACAAAUUGUGUUAGAGAGUUUGAUUUCAUCUCUUAAUCCCAAUAGCGUCAUUAUUGAUCAUACCAGCAGUCAUCCAGUCCUCGCUAAGCAAAUCUUUGAUGCCGCCCGAGAGAAGAAUUGCUGGGCUGUUGAUGCCCCUGUGUCUGGAGGAGAUAUUGGGGCGAGGGAAGGGAAAUUGGCAAUUUUGGCUGGUGGAAAUGAGGAUGUGGUGAAGUGGUUAAACCCUUUGUUUGAUGUGUUGGGUAAGGCGACUUUUGUGGGUGGACCAGGAAAGGGGCAAAGCUGUAAAAUUGCGAAUCAGAUUGUUGUUGGGGCGAACUUGAUGGGGUUGAGUGAAGGAUUGGUGUUUGCGGAGAAGGCGGGGUUGGAUAAGAGGAAAUUUGUGGAGGCAGUGAAGGGAGGAGCAGCUGGUUCUAUGGUUAUGGAGUUGUUUGGAGAAAGAAUGAUUGGGAGAGACUUUAGGCCUGGUGGGUUUACAGAGUACAUGGUAAAGGAUUUGGGAAUGGGUUUAGAUGUUGGAGCAGAGCAGGGUGGCGCCGUUGUGGUGUUGCCUGGUGCUGCAUUGAAUAAGCAGUUGUUUUCUGCAAUGGUUGCUAAUGGAGAUGGGAAGCUGGGCACUCAAGGGCUUAUUACUGUUAUAGAGAGAAUCAAUGGCAAGUGAGAUUACGAAAUCUUAAUCUUGUGCCAAUGUUCUUGUUGAAAUCUCAUCAGUUGCAGAAGUGGACGUCAGCUGUGGAUAUAGACUAGGCUAUAAGGAACGGAAUUGCAUCAGCUAUAUUGGUCUGGUGAGUUUGGUUUUGGCUAUGCUUAGUAUUGUGUGACACUACUAUGCUGGUAUUGGCCUUACAAAAUUUGUUUGUUAUAUACACUAGAAGGAAUAAAUACGGAUUAGUCAGCCAUUAUUUCUUGAUGAAUGAUGGCUUUAGGCUGACGAGUGAUAACCUUCCAUUGAUACCGUACUCAGUUUCAGUUCAUGCUUAAACCGUGCAAUGC